AUGGCCGCCGCGGUCGCUGUCCUCAUCACCGUGCUCGCGCUGCUCGGUUCCGUAUCAUGCCAAGCCGGCUCCAGAGGUGGUAGCCCAGCCCCAGCGCCACAGCCGCCAGCGUACCCGCCGACCAUCCUACCACCGCCCACCUAUCCUCCAUCGAGUUCAAAGCCCUCUCCUCCGACGAGUCAGCCACCCACGAGUCCGCCGAGCCCACCACCGCCUAUCAUGCCCACCACCGCCGAGCCACCCGCCUAUCCUCCGACAAGUCUGAGCCCACCGCCGCUUGUGAUCUCACGACCAGAGCCACCUACCUAUCCUCCGGCGAGUUCGUCGAGCCCACCACCAACUAUAUCUCCAAAGCCACCUACCUAUCCUCCGCCGAGUCCAAGCCCGCCACCACCUUUGCCUUCUUCACCUCCACCCAGCUCAGACGAUGAUGCCGCAGGGAAGAAGCUCGAGGUCGGAUACUACGAGAGCAGAUGCGGGCCUCACGUGGACGUGGAGGCAAUCGUGAGGAAGCACGUUAGUAGCUUCGAUGCCGGCAUGAAAGCCGGGCUUAUUCGCCUCUUCUUCCACGACUGCUUUGUCCGUGGUUGCGAUGCUUCCAUUCUGCUCGACCCGACCAGCGACAACCCGCAGCCGGAGAAGCUGGGCAUACCCAACUUCCCGAGCAUGCGCGGCUACGAGGUGAUCGACGCGGCCAAGGCGGAGCUGGAGGCCAAGUGCCCCGGCACGGUCUCGUGCGCGGACGUCGUGGCCUUCGCCGCCCUCGACGCGUCCUUCUUCCUCAGCGGCGGCGACGUCGACUUCGCCAUGCCCGCGGGCCGCUACGACGGCAACGUGUCCCUCGCCAGCGAGACCCUGCCGAACCUGCCGCCGCCGUUCGCCGGCCUCCAGCAGCUCGAGAGGAUGUUCGCCGACAAGGGCCUCGACGCCUUCGACAUGGUCGCGCUCUCCGGCGCGCACAGCGUCGGGCGCUCGCACUGCUCCUCCUUCAGCCGCGACCGCCUCCCUCCCGGCGCCGCCACCUCCGACAUGGACCCGGCGUUCGCCGCCGAGCUGCGGGCUAACUGCUCGUCGGCAGACGGCGCCGACAACACGGUGGCGCAGGACCACGAGACCCCCGACGAGCUGGACAACCAGUACUACCAGAACGUGCUCGACCGCAAGGUCCUCUUCACGUCGGACGCCGCGCUCACCUCCAAGAAGGACGACAUGACGAGCUACCUGGUGCGCGUGUACGCGAUGUUCCCGUGGCUGUGGCAGCAGAAGUACGCGGAGGCCAUGGUGAAGAUGGGCAGCAUCGAGGUCAAGACGGCCGCCACCGGUGAGAUCAGGAGGGAGUGCCGUGUCGUCAACAGCAGGCCGUGAUGAUCGGACGGCCGGUCGUGCGCGUGCCUACUACUGAUCAAACUCUCUGACCCUGUUGUUUUAUCUACUCUUUUUUUCCCACCUAACUCCGAUUCAUUCUUUUUGUUGUUCUAUUGUGCUGUAAUAAUAAUAAUAAUAAAGGUAA